AUCGUCUUCCUCAACGAAACCAAACCAGAAAAGCUCCCGUUCGCCAUUAGCCAUGAUAGCAUCGCCACUCCACUCUCCCAUUCGUUGCUCCUCCCCAAAUCCACCACCACCGCAACCGCCGCCGCCGCCGCCGCCGCCGCCAUCGCCAUCUUCCCUCUCGACCUCCGCCACAACGCAAUUGGCCACGAAGCUCCCCAAGAGCCUCCUCCACAAGCACCCGCUCUACACCCCGACCCACCCCCACGUCUCCCUCCAGUUCAAGGAGAAGAUCCUCUGCCUCGAGAUCAUGGGCGUCGACGCGAGCCGGGCUCUCGCCCUCAACCCCUCCCUCCGCGGCGCCUCCCUCCACUCCAUCCACUCCGUCGUCUCCUUCCUCCAGUCCAAGGGCAUCCACCAGAAGGACCUGGGCCGGAUCUUCGGCAUGUGCCCCAAGCUCCUCACCGCCGACAUCGAGUCCGACCUCUGCCCCGUCUUCGGCUUCCUGUCCCGGGACCUCCGCGUCCCCGACCAGGGCUUCCGGAGGGCCAUCAACAAGUGCCCGAGGUUGCUGGUCUCCAGCGUCCGGGAUCAGCUCAGGCCUGCUCUGUUUUACCUCCAGAGGCUGGGCUUCAGUGACCUUCACGCGCUGGCCUACCAGGACCCGAUACUGCUGGUCUCCAGCGUGGAGAACACGCUGAUCCCGAAGCUCAAGUACCUGGAGAGCGUCGGGUUCUCGCGGGACGAGGCGGUCGGUAUGGUCCGGAGGUGCCCCGCCCUGUUCACCUUCAGCAUCGAGAACAACUUCAAGCCGAAGUUCGAGUAUUUCUGCCAGGAGAUGGGCGGGAGGCUGGAGGAGCUGAGGGGCUUCCCUCAGUACUUCGCCUUCAGCUUGGAGAAGAGGAUAAAGCCGAGGCACACGGAAGUGGUGGAGAGUGGGGUCAGAGUGGCCUUGCCUGUGAUGCUUAAGAGCACCGACGAGGAGUUCCGCGAGCUGAUAAGGCAGGGCCUUGGUGGUGCCGGAUGAGGCUGGGUGGGUCCCUUCUAUUUCUUCUUCUUUUUUGUCUGUACAUUGCUUUCUUUUGUAUGCCAGAAGGAUUGAACAACGUUGAGGGCUGGGGUAAUUUGAUCUGCCUCUCCUUUGAUCUGUAAAGGACAAUCGAAUGAAUGCAAUGGUGAUUGCAUUGGACCAUUGACGAGCAAUGUCCUUUGGGUGCACUGAGAGAAGAAAAACAGUUCGUUCCACCAUUGAUCUGUUCUUGAAAUCGAGAUAGGACUCCUGAAUAAAUCUUGGGCACAUCUUCAGAUGGCGCCAACGAAAUCAUACAAUAUAUCGAAAGCAUCAGAAAGAGCAAUGCUUGGUAUCGCGAAAGAAAAGGGUUCAAACAUCAGUUAAAGUCUGUAUUUGAAGCAAGAAGACUUCCAACUAUAAAAAGUUGAGUAAAGAGCCAAUUGAAUUUCACAUUGCUGUCGGGCAAGACCCGUUUGAGCUCUUUGUAUGACUUGGCUUUUCUAGGCUUUGAUGCUUACAACGGGGCUUGAAAAGGCGGAACAGCACUCGCACUCGUAUGAGACGGCGAUUGCAUGAUAAAGCUUUUGAAACACGGAUGAUUGGUGGAUCUGGAUAGGUGAAGUGUCGCUCGAGAAAGCCUUGGAAACCCGCCUGAUUGCAGACAAACCCUUGACACUGCAAAUGUAAGGGUUUUAUGUUAGAGAGAAAGAGAGAGGCCUAGUCUCACACAAAACCCAGUAUCACGUUUAGUGAUCAGUUGUUACACAGCUUCCGGACCAGGCACUAAGGUUUAAGAUUUAAGCCGGUACCUCGCAGCCAAAUUAGAAAAGGAAAAGGAUGGGUCGUAUCGUCUUGUCUUUCGGUUACUAUCUGUAGUUUGCCUCCGAGCUCCAGAACAGUAUCUAAGAAAGAAGACUUCAUUCUUUUGCAUUUCCGUACUUCUGUAACUCUACAUGAUGCUGCAUUUUGCAUCUCCAAUGUGUGACUGGUCUUAUUCUUAUUGAUCAAUAUUCACUUGUUCC